CAAGGUGUAGUGUGUCUCAGUAAUCAUCAUAGGUGUGUCGUGGGGUAGUCAACAAUCUAGUAGUAUAUAACAGCCAAGAACAACAUGGGAGAAUUAAUAGCAGCACAGAACAGCUUGGCACAGCCAGUAACAACAGGGCAUGCUCAGUAACAGUGAAGAGUGGCGGAGAAAGGCCAGAUAAAGCUUAGUUACAGCACAGAACAAAAGCCAGUAAGGAGAAAAAACAGCACAGAACAGUCAAAAACAGCCAGCAGGGAGCAGUCAAUAGCACGCAGCGACAACCUAAAACAGACCGUAAUACCAGGGAACAGCUCAGCAGCACCUCUAAGAUGGACCAAGGGUUCCUCUCCAAGGUGAAGGAUGAUGAAGUUCCAAAGAUGCUCUUCCUCUCUGUCAACCCCAACAAGAUGGAUGAGACAGAGGUGGUGGUGUCGACUCCAUCAAAGACAUACACUGAUGGAGGGGCUGUAGGGAUCGGCUUCACAAUCACCACAGGAGAAUUCAAUUCCGAGGGAGAAUCAGAUUCUAUCGCCAGAUUAUUGGAAAAAUUCGAGAAAGCCCUGGAUGAGAAGUCCAUCUCCCCGGUGCGGCGAGAGUUGCAACUGCGACUUCUGAAACUCUCUAGCAUGGAGUUAAACAAAAGAAACUCCCUCAGUACAUUGGAGAGCAACUUCUCCGAUGAAAGCGACCUUCUGAAUAAUGACGAAGAAGAUAUUCUGGAGUUCACCGAAAUCUUUGAGAUGUUCAACUACUCGGCACCUGAGACCAUUAAAAGCAACUUCGGCAACAUAGUAUCCUCCAAGAAAAUUCCCGUCGCAAGAGCAGUUGGGAGCCACAAGAAAAAGACUUUCUUCGUUUACGCUGAGAACAAGAUCAUGAUGAAGAUAUGUGACUCCCUUACACCAGGAGAGGUUUUCUUAAUGUACGAAGUGUUGCGAGAGUCUAAGGCAGUUGAGCGGGACGACACUAUUAAAGAUCUCUUGUCGCAGCCUAUCGACCUUCGCUCCCUUGAGAAUGUGGCAGGAUUAAAGGAUGUGGCUUUUUACUACCUCAUCCUCAACCUGAUGAAGAAGCAAAUUUUGAACAGACUCUACACCCACAAACUUUCUUUUAUCUUCCACCAACUGAAGCAAAUUAAGGAAAAAUCAGACACUCCUCACCCCCACAUCGACCGUAUUCUAAUGACCCUCGACCGGUAUCCUGUAGCUUCACAACCCCCGGGUCUGUGUCUCAUAUUUAUCAUGGAAGAAAAUCGUGCAGGGGCGCAGAAGGAUCUCAUGAGGGUGAGGGAGCUGUUUGAAAAAGUUUUUAAGUAUGACGUGUUUGUGAAAAUAAACCCCUCAAGUGAAGACAUCAAGACCAUCGUGAGUAAACUGAAGGCAGCGAGGAACAAGUUCUAUGAUAGCUUGGUGGUGUGGUUCAUGGGUCACGGGGACAAGACUUACUUGGAGGCAAAGAACAGCCGCAUUCACCGACGUGUUGACCUCAUUGAACCUUUCACCGAGAUUGAAUGGUUCUUCAAGAAACCCAAACUUUUCUUCAUCCAAGCCUGUGCUGUCAAGAAAGACCGGAAGAGGUUUUCAUCAACUUCUGGUGGGGAGAAGGCACUGCCAACACAGACGGACUCGGUGGGGUGGCGGGCAGCGGCGAGCACACAGUGGCAGGAUAAGUAUGCUGACUACACUGAUGUGUCCAAUGUGAACACCUUUGCCGACACCCUUAUCUCGUACGCCACCAUGUGGUACCAGUACGCCUCCAGGGGCGAGGAAGGGUCACUGUAUGUGGACACCCUGGUGGACCAGCUGCUCGAGUACGGCUCUAAAGAGAGUAUAGAAAAUGUGCUGCGGAGGGUACACUACAAUGUUAACACAGUGGGCCUUCAAUACCAGAAUCAAGACUUUAACAUUUACUGGAAGCAGGCACCUUACUUCGAAUCCUCUUUACAAAAGGCGUUCAUCUUCCCCAACACUGAAAAAACAACUUAAAAAGACAAUUGCUGCUCUCAAUUCUUUCUUUACUUUACAUUUUAUCACAAAUGCAAUUAUGUCUCCCAUUCUUCAUACUCAGAUUUUCCUCCAAAAAAUUCCUGAAGUUGAACGGGAACACCAGAUCAGUAUUUUUUAAGAACUGCACAACAUAGAACAUCGUGAGCAUUGCAUAGCUCAAGCAGUUGACUACCAAGUUAAAAAAAGUGAUGGAAAGACUAUUUUUAAUUGUUGCAUGUGAAAGCGUGGCUGGAAGAAUACUGCACUCUUCUGUAUUCAAGAAACUCGAGUUAAUUUUUAUAAUUAACUUACAUUUCUUAGAUCAAACAGUACAAUAGACUUACUUGUGUUAUCGCCCUUGUACUGUUGUGGUUAGGAUGUGUGAAUAAAUUACCAUAAGAAGUUCAAUGUAUAAUGUCUCCACUGAUUGAGGAAGGUUUGACUCUCAGCCCGGGUGUGAAGCAUCACACCUCCGCUUCCAUGGUGAGGAUGGUCAGUUUCUACAACUAACAGAUUCCACAAUCUGGUAUGUUCUUGUUUCCAUUCUAGCUGAUGGUGCCAGAAUGUUUGUAAUUGAUAAAACUGCACUAAGUCUUUGUAAUAAAUUAGAUACAUCACUCAUCCUCAGUCACAGACAAAAAUAAAAUACAAUGAACUUUAGAGACCACAGUACUGUGUGAUGCUGUCUAGAGUAACCACCCAUCUACCUCUCCCUCCUCUACUUUGACGCUGUACCUUUCCUUACAUCCAGGUCACCACUUCAGAGUGGAAGUGGGAGUACAACGUCAUAAUGGAAGUGAGAGAGAUAGAUCAAUAUCAUACAAAAUUACCUAACAUAAGAAUGGAGAAAAUUGCAGCGGGCCUAUUGGCCCAUACUGGGCAGUCCCAUUUACACCCAACCCCUAU